AUGGGUAACUGCUGUUUGAGGCGUGAUUCUGCGGUUUGGGCCAACGACGACGACGGGUGGGUCAACGUGUGUAAGCUCCACCAGUCGCAGCAGCCGGAAAAGCAGAAGCUUCUCGGUGAGGUUCAAUUCAGAUCUUCUUCAGGUUCCUCCUCGUCCUCCUGUAGACGAAGACCGAGUAGUAGCGGUGGAGAUCAUCAUGAGGUGAAGAUAAAGAUGACAAAGAGGGAGCUGGAAGAGUUGGUGGGAUCAAGAGGCGGCGCUAUGGACGUGUUGACGGUGGAGCAACUAUUGGCGAGGGUGAUCGACGACGGCGAUGAUCGGUAUGAGGAGCAUCAACGGCCGUGGAGGCCUGCCCUCCAAAGUAUUCCGGAGGUCGAUUAG